AAAUUCAACCUGAAAAGUAUAAUAAUUAAAUUAUGCAGAAUAUUUAUCACCAAUAACAGUCAUAAUAAUCAUGAAUAAAUAAAUGUAAAAAUAUAUAAAACUCAUUAUAUAUGUGAAAAAAAGGUGACUUUUUCUUCUAUAUAAGAAAGAAUCACCUUUGGAUAUAUAUAAGUUAUGCAUUAUAGAAUAGUGUAAUCACAAAAUGAUUGUAACUGUGAGGAAAAAUAAACAUUGUAAAUAUCUGAUUGAUCUUUUCAAAAAAGAUACCGAAAUCGAAGAUGAUCAAGAAGUACUUCGUAGUCUUACAUAUCGUCAAAGAUUAUUAAGAAAAAUGUAUCCAUUAGGAUUUCUAUAUGAAUUAAAAAAGUUACUACGUUUAGCAAUACCUAUUACUAUUUCAUCAAUGUUAACAUAUACAAUUUCACCUGUCAGUAUGGCAUUCUGUGGUCAUUUAGGCAAAAUUCAAUUAGCUACAAUCGGUUUAGCUAUGUCAGUGUUCAGUGUUUGUGGUAUGUUUGUUAUUCUAGGAUUACUCUCUGCAUGUGAUACAUUAUUUUCACAAACAUAUGGGAGUAUAAUGAAAGAUAAAAUGAUUGUUCAAUUAUACAGAGCUGUUAUCUUAAUUUUACUAUGUUGUAUUCCAUCAUGUGCUUUGUACUUGAACGCGGAACCAUUACUAUUAUUACUUGGACAAAAUCCUUUAAUUGCAAAGGGAACUGGUGAAUUGUUGCUUUAUCUUAUACCGGGAUUACUUUUUAGUUCACUUGGACAAUUAUUUAUCAGGUUUGUUCAAACACAAAAUCAUGUAUAUGCUCCAUUAGUUAUUAUGAUUUUUGUGAAUGGUAUCAAUGCAUUAAUGCAUUAUAUACUGAUUUAUAUAAUGAAUAUGGAUGUAAGAGCUUCACCAAUAUCUCAAGCAACAGCAUAUUUUUUUCAAGUAAUAUGCUUUAUUGUUUACAUCAUAUUCAUAGGUCAUUCAAAAGAUACCAACUUUAAAUUUACAAGAGAAAUUUGGGAAGAUUGGAAUACAUGGUUUCGUUUAGCUAUACCUGGUUUAAUUAUGGUUAGUCUUGAAUGGACAAUUUAUGAAAUUGGUGGUUUUAUCGCUGGGACUUUGGGAGCUCGUGAACUUGCUGCACAAACUAUUAUUCUAUCUAUUGGAUCUAUUAGCUAUACUUUGCUUCCACUUGGUGUUGGUAGUGCAACAGGGAUACGUGUAGGACAAUAUCUUGGUGCUCAAUCUGCUAAAGGCCCAUAUUCUGUAUUUAGUGUAGCUAUGACAUUAGUUGGUUGUUGGGCUUUACCAUAUUUAGGAAUUUUAAUUGCUACAAGAUGGUAUUUACCAAGAGUUUUUACAUCUGAUGAUGGCGUCAUUGAACUUGUAGCUGAACUAAUGCCAAUUAUAGCUUUUUUCCAAAUUAUCGAUGGUGCGAAUGGUAUAUGUAGUGGUGUCUUGAAAGGAUCAGGUUUACAAACAGUUGGAGCAGUUGUAAACAUAUUUUGUCUUUACAUGCUUGCUGUACCACUUGGGAUUUGUCUAGUUUAUGUAGCAAAUCUUAGGUUGACCGGUAUUUGGGUCGGUCUCGUUAGUGCUGCAACAUUACAAGUGUCUACAUUAUGCAUAAUAUGUUUCCGUUUGAACUGGACAACACAAAUCAAACUGGCUAAAGAAAGAAUAAAAGUAGAGAAUGAAUCAUCAGAAAUGGUUAUGAAAAAUCUUGGUGAACUUACUGCUACUGGGAUUGUGAACGUUGAUGAGGAUAUUCAUAUUUCCCAGAAAAAUCAUCAAGUUAAUCAUUUACCAAUUGAACAAAAUCAUAAAUCAAUAAAACAACAAAAUUCAUUAAAUAAAAUUAUUUUAAGAAAUAGAAUUAUUUUUAUUAUAAUUUUAUUUUUAAUUCUUAUUUUAAGUAUUUUAUGUAGAUUAUUAAUUAAUUUACAAAAUUAUUUUGGUAUUUAUUGUGUUUAUCAUAAUGAUACAUUUAUACAAAUUACUAAUUAUAAUAUUACUGAUAAUUGUACAGUAGUGAUUCCAUAGAAAAAAAACUAAAAAAAAUCUUUUAAAAAAAUUUUUAAAAAAAACAUUUUUUUUGGUAGUU